ACGGAGAGUGAGGGAGAGGGAAGCAGGUCUGCCAGACAGGCCGCGGGCGAAGGCAUUCACUAGGGUUACCUUGCCUGGCAGCGCGAGGCAACCUAAUCCCCGGGCCAACGUUCCAAAUGCCCGGGCCAACGUUCCAAAUCCCCGGGACAAGAUUCUAAAUCCCCGGGCCAACGUUCCAAAUGCCCGGGACAACGUUCCAAAUCCCCGGGACAAGAUUCUAAAUCCCCGGGCCAACGUUCCAAAUCCCCGGGCCAACGUUCCAAAUCCCCGGGACAAGAUUCUAAAGCGAUACACGCGCCCUCGGCCGGACCUCCUCCUUGUUACACAAGGUUCAUCCUUUGUUACACACGUGAAGGGAGCCGCUGUGAAUGCAUGCAGUGUGUAUGUACAUGUGUGGGUGUGUGUAUAGUUACAUAACGGGGCUCUCUUAGUUCCCGGGGUUGCAUAAACCCGUGCCUAAUGUUAGGAGUUGCAAUGCUGCAGUUUGAGGCUGCAGAUCGCGGCCAGGCGACUUUGAAGGAACUGCCUCAGCGUUGCAAACGUGGUCGCCGCUAGGCUGGGCUGGGUUAGGUAAAGGAACUUUGACCUUAGUUUGGACGUCACAGGAACAGAGGAUGAACAGAAUUGAGGAGGGACGGUUGGGCAGCGGUAGACUUGGUUCUGUGGGAGCUUACAGGUCGUACAAGGAGAACAUGCUUUGUUCAUUUCACUGUGGCUGCAGAGUGCUCGGUGGGAUCCUGCAGGGGUCAAGCCGGUCACGAAGAUGGUACAGCAUGGCGGACUUCACCCGCAAGCGAUGGACUGCGCCGCCAGUUAACCCUGGAAGGGGGAAGGCCGGUACAGCGUUGGCGUGGCGGAGAGGCUCGGCACCCCUCAGCACCACACCCUCCCUCGGCUUUUGCAUCAAGGGGUGCGUUAAGAACAAGGACUUAAAAGCGGACCUCGUGUCCUCCAUCUUGCCAGUCACGGUGACGGAGAUCCGGCAGUACCUCCGGUCGAAGGGCAUUGCGUUCCACGACGGGUACAGCUGCCUACAUGUGCCCAGCUUGUUUGUCGGGAAGGUGUUCGACACGGGCAAGGCAGAGAAGGAGACCCUCACCCUCUUUAUUGACAAGACCACCGGCCAGUUCCUGUGCAAGGAGACGCUACUGGAGGGGAGCUGGGAGGACUUCCAAGACUGCCUGGAAGUGAUGCAGAAGGAAGGCCGGGCCAACCUGGGCCCUGACGUACUGCUGAAGGUGCCGGAAAGUGACUGGGAGCUGAGCGAGCAGGAGAUGGACCUGAAGGAGGUCCAGCAGAUCUGGAACAAAGCGAUGGCCUUCGCCGACUUGGAGGAAGAGGAGACCCGUCUGGUCAAAGCCAUGUUCGGGAUCACAAAGGUUCCCAGCCCAACUCUCAAGAAGCUGAGUGUGAAGUACUUCAAACCCACUAAAAGUUUGGUGUUCCCCUGGUUUAAUUGGAGGGAUUCGAGCUUGAAAGGGCUAAAGCUGCUUUCGGCCGAGCAGGAUGGCCACCGGGUCAACUACGUGGCGACGACCCUGCCAAAGCCCAGCGGCUACCACAACCUCUUCGGUCUCCACGUCCUAACCAGGAAAGACACAACGCUGGUCCUGACUGGGAAGGAAACUGACUGCCUCGCGGUGACCACUGCCACCGGCCUACCCUGCGUCUGCUUGCCCCGGGGCGUGAGCUGCCUACCCCCUCUGCUCCUCCCCUACCUGGAGCAGUUCAAGAGGAUCACCCUGUGGCUGGGCAGCGACCUCCUCUCCUGGGAGGCCUCCAAGAUCUUCGCCCGCAAGCUCAACGUGAAGCGCUGCUUCCUGGUGCGGCCAGGUGACCAGCAGCCCUGCCCCCAGGAGGCGCUGGCGAUGGGCCUCAACCUAGGCAAGAUCGUGAAGAGCGCCAUCCCCGCCAGUCACAAGUCCAUCAUCUCCUUCCGCCAGCUGCGAGACGACGUGUUUGGAGAGUUGGCCAACGUCGAUCAGGUCUCCGGCAUCAAGUGGCAGCGGUUUCCCGAUUUGAACAAGCUCCUCAAAGGGCACCGAAAAGGGGAGCUCACGGUUUUCACAGGUCCUACAGGCAGCGGGAAGACGACCUUCAUCAGCGAGUGCACUCUGGACCUCUGCAUCCAAGGGGUAAACACCCUGUGGGGAAGCUUUGAGAUCAACAACAUCCGGCUGGCCAAGAUCAUGCUGACUCAGUUUGCGAUGCAGCGCCUGGACGAUCAGCUGGAGAACUAUGAUGAGUGGGCCGACAAGUUCGAGAACCUGCCCCUCUUCUUCAUGACAUUUCAUGGGCAGCACAGCAUCAAGUCAGUCAUCGACACAAUGCAACAUGCGGUGUACAUGUAUGACAUUAGCCACAUUGUUAUAGACAACCUGCAGUUCAUGAUGGGACAUGAACACCUCUCUGUUGACAAAAAGGAGGAGGAUGCUAAGGAGCUGCAGACAGCUUCUAUCUUUGGGACAGCCAAGGCCAGUCAGGAAGCUGACAACGUGCUCAUUCUACAGGACAGGAAGCUCGUCUCGGGCCAGGGGAAGCGCUACCUGCAGGUGGCAAAGAAUCGCUUCGACGGAGACCUGGGCACCUUCCCGCUGGAAUUCAAGAAGGCCUCGCUCACCUUCUCGGCCGUCAAAGUGAAAGCCAAGCUGCGGAAGGUGAAGGAGGACGACCCCGCCCCGGAGACCUCUGGGAAACCCGCCGGUGCCAAAGAGAAAAAGUGAGGUCGGCAGAGGAACCCACCCCCUCCCCCGAACUCCCGGGCACGGAGGGCGGUAUCGGGAGCGGAGACGGCCACCGUCGAUUGACCUCCUGCUGGCACGUGAACUCGGGCUCCCCCGGCGCCCAAGGUUUCCUGUUGCGGUAACGCCGCGGUAACACCGCGAGAACACCGAAGUCAACUCCGCCACUGUGGCAGGGGCUUGUCACCCUGUCGACAGGCCCAGGCCGGUUCCCAAUGUGCAGACGGUUCUUUUACUUUCCGUUGCUCUCGUACACUAGCCCUCGGCAACCUUCAAAGGCACGGCGCUAUCGUGCUGCGGGUUAAUGCUUGGGAAAAGACACUGACGGAACUUUUAAAACAAGUCCGAGCACUUGGGAGCUGCUUAAACGGCAGCUAAUUAUUUACCUGCCUUCAACCUAACCCUGUGGUCUGAGCCGCAGACCCAUCCGAACACCCUCCCUGAAUUUUCUCUCCUAAGGAGUUGAAGGCGUUCACUUUUUUUCUGGAGUAACGGAAGGAAAGGUCCUGCAUUUAUUUGACGCCUUUCACAACCUCAGGAUGUCCCAAAGUGCUUUACAACCAAUGAAGUGCUUCUGAAGUGUGGUCACUGUUGUAAUGUUGGUCGACCCUCAACGUGACAAUGAGGGGGGACAAUCUGUGUUCAGAGCUCUCAGAGUUGACGUGAACCAACUAAUUAACUGACCGACAGGGGCAAAAAAACAAUGAUGAUGCUUGAAAUGA